CUUCGCAUCUUCGCGCCUCCAUAAAUCGCAACCUGGUCUACUCCCCUCACAUCAAGACACGCUGCUAACUCCCGAACCGCAUCGACUCAUCUAAAACCACCAUGGCGGACCUUGGUGCGUAUCCGCCGAAUAUGGCGCCCCAAAACGCGCUCAUCGUACGACAAGCCGAAGGACCAGACCAUGCCGUCGUUCCCUACACGGCGGAAGAUCUGUCGCGGCCUACCCAGGGGCCCGCCAAUCCUUUCAGAGACGAGAAGAAUAGCCUGAAGCGCAAGACUGUACCAACUGGUCAUGCCGAGGAGAUGUACCUGAGCGAGUAUACCUUCCGGAGUCAACAUAGAGCUGUGGAACGAGGGCCAGACAGGCAGAUUCUUGGGGGCGCUGCUGCGAAGGCCGAAGCAGCGCGAAUCCGAGCGAAGAGACAAAAGAAAGGAGAUGCAACUGUCGCGGAGGGUGAUAAUGCCUAUGUGGGACCUUGGGCCAAGUAUAAGCAGGAGGAAUAUGAGGAGGUGGGAGAGGACGAGGAGUUGGCUAGUGAUGAGGAAUACGAAGAGGUCGAGGAGGAAGAGGAUGAUGUUGUUGAGAGUGGCGCUGUGGUGCCUGCAUUACCGCAGGCGGUAGCAAAACGGAAAGAAGCUGAGGAGAUGGGCGCUGAGACUUCGGUAUUUGAGGGGAGCGAACAGUAUGAUUACCAGGGCCGGACCUACAUGCACGUUCCCCAAGAUCUGGAUAUCGAUUUAAGGAAGGAAGUGGGCAGUACGAAGAACUAUGUGCCAAAGAAGUUGGUUCAUACCUGGAAGAGCCAUACGAAGCCGAUUGCAGGAUUACGAUUCUUUCCUAACUCUGGACAUCUGCUACUGUCUGGAAGCGCGGAUACGACAGUCAAGAUUUGGGAUGUGUAUCACCAGAGGGAGUUAUUACGGACGUAUUCAGGACACACGAAGGCUCUUUCCGACAUCACGUUCAACCCCUCUGGUACACAAUUCCUAUCUGCAUCCUACGACCGCAUGAUAAAGCUCUGGGAUACCGAAACUGGACAAUGCAUAAACCGCUUCACAACGGGCAAAACACCGCACGUCAUCCGUUUCAACCCGUCGCCCGAACACUCGAACGAGUUCCUGGCGGGUAUGUCAGAUAAGAAGAUCAUCCAGUUCGAUAUCCGGAGCGGAGAGAUCGUCCAGGAAUACGAUCACCAUCUCGCAGCGAUCAACACCAUCACGUUCGUGGAUGAGAACCGCCGCUUCAUGACGACGUCCGAUGAUAAGUCGCUGCGGGCCUGGGACUACAAUAUCCCGGUGCCCAUCAAGUAUAUCGCGGAGCCGCACAUGUACCCCAUGACGCGCGCCUCGGCGCACCCGUCUGGGAAGUACGUGGCGUACCAGUCAUCGGACAACAACAUCUUCGUGUAUGGGGCGAACGACAAGUUCCGCCAGAACCGGAAGAAGGUCUUCAAAGGGCACAACACGGCGGGCUAUGCGAUCGAUGUGGCGUGCAGCCCGGACGGGCAGUUCGUGGCGAGCGGCGACAGCGGCGGGUACGUCUGCUUCUGGGACUGGAAGACGUGCAAGAUGUGGCACAAGAUGCAGGCGAGCGAUCGCGCGGUCACGUGUGUGGAGUGGCACCCGCAGGAGAGUUCGAAGGUGGUCACGGCCGGCUUGGACGGGGCUAUCAAGUACUGGGAUUAAGGGGUUUAGGUAUGUGGUUGUGUCAAAAGGGUUGGCUCUCUUGGCUCGGCUUCUUCUGCGGAGCUGAAUACGCCUGUGCCUGAAGAGUCAAGGGCAUUUGGGA